UCGCUGUACUGGUUUGCUCUCAUUUCCAGUACCUGCACUGGAACUGGAUCCACGAUUUCAGUGAUUUCUAUCUAAAGAUCAACAAUUCAGUCCGUCAGAAGCUGUACAGAGACGAGAACGUUACAAGAUGGAGAGAACUUCCAUCAUUACGGUUUUUGUUCUGGUGUUCGUGAAGAUCAGCCUCCAGCAAGUCUCGUUGACUCCGGAUCCCUCUGCGGACGUGAAGCAGGUUCGAGAUCUGGUGUAUCAGCACGGCGCCGCUCUGGCUGAGCUCAAGGUGAAGCUCGACUACAUGGAGAAAAAAACCGCAGCGCUGGAGACCAGACUGGUGGAUAAAGAGACCGAGCUGGACAGUCUGAGGAAACAGAACGGAGCUCAAGGGAGCGAGCUGUCGAUCAUGAAGACGGAGCUGGAGAGUCUGAAGAUGAUGAACGCAGGUCAACCGAAGGUGGCGUUCAGCGCCGGAUUGGCAGCAGGACAGAAAGGUCCGUUCAACACCGAAACCAAUCUGAUCUACAGCAAAGUCAUCAGCAACAUCGGAGGAGCCUACAACUCACACACGGGUGUGUUUACAGCUCCAGUUAAAGGCGUGUACUACAUCCGCUUCACGGCCGCCGCCUACAACAGCAACAGCCACAACAUGGGGGUCAAUCUGUAUAAAAACGGCCAGCACCUGAUGCACCUGGGCGAGUACGACAGCGACGGGAAAGCCAGACACGUGUCCGGCGCCCUGGUCCUGGAACUGGACACCUCGGACGUGGUUUACAUCCGUCUCCUUACAAACUACGCUCUGUAUGAGGAUUUGCUGCUCAGAAACACCUUCAGCGGCUUCCUCGUCUUCCCCAGCUGAAAAAAUAACUUAUUAACUUGAGUGAUUUUCCCUACAAGUCAUCAAUACUACUUAGAAUGUUUAUUUAACAUAAUUACAUCCAAUAAACACGUACAGUUUCUAAAA